GUCCUAAAAUGCCUUCCGUACCCACAAUUGGCAUCUGUCAGCACUCGCACUUGUGCUACACUGUUUAUUUUUUACCCUUCGUGCUUGCCGUAGUCCUUCAGAUUCAUCAGGAAGGACAGAGGAAAUGCUGCUGAGAUGAGUACAGGGUUAGCGAAGUGCUGAAUGAGAAAGCCAGUGACAAAGCCAUCAGCUGCUACCAGACCAGACUGAGGACAUUUAUAUAUGUAGCAGCAAUAUACAGUGGUGCAGUGUAUUUGUAUUCUGAUUUUAGUAAAUGCUGGGAAGUCCUUAGUGACUUUGAAGCAGUAAGUUGUGGCUCUGUUCCUCCUGCAUAUUAAGAGAAAACACGUGAGCAGCACAAGUGAUAAAUACUGUAGAACAUCUUGUUCAGAAGCAGCAGUGCAAAGAAUAGAAUUGGCCGCCACUGAUUCUGCAUGCGGAUGGACAGCCCUGCAGCAAGAUUAAAGUGAGCAUAAAUGAACAGCCUGAGAUAUGCCAGGAGGAAUCUGCCAUUUAAUUUCAAAGAUGCGUGUUGGAGCCUUUCUGGGGCGAUCCCUUUUUUCUUGCUCACAUGUCCGUGGGGCACUGGUCAGAAGAAGGACCCCACAGCAUUCUUGCUCCUUUCAUAUUUCAAAACCUAGAUCUUUAUCUCAUGUGGUUCCAGUCUUCUCCAGAGCGCCUUUGUUUAGUGAAAGAACAGCUAUGGUGGACCAGCACGGGAAGCAUACUUACAAGGACUUGUAUAUCCGGAGCCAAGCAUUAUCCAAAAUGAUCAUCCAGCUCUUGGGUAAUCCAAGUCAUAAUAAUACACCAGAAAGGGUCUCUUUUCUCUGUCCAAACAACUCAUCAUAUGUAGUGUGCCAGUGGGCAGUAUGGAUGAGUGGUGCCAUUGCUGUGCCUCUGUGCAAGAGUCAUCCACCUUCUGAGCUAAAGUAUGUUUUGCAGGAUUCCCAGAGUGCACUAGUUGUGGCAGAGGAAAGUUACACAAAUGUCCUGAGCCCACUAGCGGAGCAGUUGGGAAUUCCAGUGCUGACUAUGUCUGGGUCUCAAAACCUUCACCCUUCAGAAUUGUUACAAGAAAUCAAAAUAUCGCAACUUGAUUUAGACUGGAAAGACAGAGGAGCCAUGAUAAUUUAUACAAGUGGAACCACUGGAAGACCCAAGGGUGUUCUCAGCACCCAUUACAAUCUAUAUUCUAUGGUUACAGCUCUGGUCAAUGAGUGGGGUUGGACAAAAGAAGACAGCAUCCUUCAUGUAUUGCCCCUUCACCAUGUUCAUGGAGUGGUAAACAAGUUGAUGUGCCCCUUGUGGGUAGGAGCCACCUGUGUGAUACUACCAGAAUUUUGCCCAAAAACGGUCUGGCAGCACUUUCUCAGCAGAGAUGUACCCUCCAUCAAUAUUUUCAUGGCAGUGCCCACCAUCUACAGCAAGCUUAUUGCUUACUACGAGCAGCAUUUUACCCAUUCCAAUGUGCGGGAGUUUGUGCGGGCAGCAUGCCAGGAAAGAAUCAGAUUAAUGGUAUCAGGCUCCUCUGCCCUCCCUGUGCCGGUUUUGGAACGUUGGCAAGAGAUCACUGGGCAUACCCUGCUAGAAAGAUAUGGCAUGACUGAAAUCGGGAUGGCUUUGACUAAUCCACUCCAUGGACCGCGUGUGCCUGGUGCGGUCGGUGCUCCCCUGCCAGGUGUGGAAGUACGUACUGUCACCCAGAACCCACGGAAAGAGGGCACCUCCUACACUAUCCAUGCUCAGGGAGAUUCUACAGGCACAAUGGUCUCAGUUGGUUUGGAGAAUAGAGAAGGGGAGCUUCAGGUUCGGGGGCCUGCAGUGUUCAAAGAAUAUUGGAACAAACGGCUCGAUACCCAGGAAGCUUUCACCUCAGAUGGCUGGUUUAAAACAGGGGACACAGCUAUGUAUAAGGAUGGCACAUACUGGAUACUAGGACGGACAUCUGUGGACAUUAUUAAAAGUGGAGGAUAUAAGGUCAGCGCCUUAGAGGUAGAGCGCCAUCUCCUGGGACAUCCCAGCAUUACUGAUGUAGCUGUCAUUGGAGCUCCAGAUGUGACAUGGGGCCAGCGCGUAGCAGCAAUUGUUAAACUGCGAGAUGGACAUGCAUUGUCAUUACAAGAGCUAAAGGAAUGGGCCAGGGCAGUCAUGGCCCCGUACUGCAUUCCUGCUGAGCUCAUCCGAGUGGAAGAAAUUCCCCGAAACCAGAUGGGAAAAAUCAAUAAAAAGCAGCUGCUGGUUCAUUUCUAUCCCCAGUAAGGGGAGGACGGAGUGGAGCCAGAUCAGCCCUCUGCAUAUACAGGGAUCCCUUCUUGAUAACACUGAGAUGACCCCCAAUUAAACCUAAUUUUAUCAACCUAGUAAAUUAUACAUACUGUGCUGAAAUCUUAUUCUUUCUGUAAUGUUGCUUCCACCAGGCCUUCAACGGUUGGCAAAACAUCAAAUCACUUGUGUAUUUGUCUUGUAAGGCAAUUAUGGAAGAAAAAGAACACAAAUGAAACCUGCAUUGCCUUUUGAACUCUUUCUCUAGCCUCUCUCUUUCUACCCUUAAGGAGACAAAUUUAUUACUGAAAAAUCACCUGAAAAAAAUCUAUUUUUUUUUUUUUUUACUCGUAAUUUGUUUUUCACUUGCAGUGUGCAUUAACCUCUACACACACUGAUCAACCAUAGCAGAGAAGCAUAUGUAUAGUUCUCACACACCCAGGGGGACUUUAGUAGUAGUAUACAAUGGCCUAUGUAAUUCAUUCACAAGAAUAUGGGUGAUUUAUUAAUGCUAGUAAAUGCAGUUUUAAGCAAGGUAAUACCAGCCACUGUGUAUGUGAUUGCUCACAGCCAAUACAUACACAUAGCAAAUACAUACACCACUGCACACACACCAGUCUUUUCUGGGGCUUGCUUCCCCUCCUUCUAAAGCAAAUGCAAGCUAUCCUGUGUAUGAAUGAUUUUGAGAAUAGAUGGAAGCUUAAAAAUCUUGUGUUUAUAAAGUUUGAAUUAUUGUGGUGAUGUUAUCGUUCAGCUCUCUCUUAAAUUCUUGAAGGCCUAGGAAAUGCACCACUGCCAGUGGCUGUUAAACCUUGUAAAACCAAACUUUCAGUCUCUUUUAUUGAAAUGGAUAUUUUAUAGUAGAAUUUAUGUACAGCAUAAAAACUCCGGACAUGAAGAGUAACUCUGUCUACUGUGUAGCGUUUACUAUCCCAUUGCUCUGAUAUCUUUUUUGGAGUACUCAACGCAAUACUUCAUAAAACAUUUUGGUCAUUCUCUUA